GGUUGAAUUGGAGAGAGGGAAUGAGAAAAAUGGGUAGGCAGAACGAUAGAAAGAGAGACUGUUUAAGUGACAGAAGGGACAGAAGAAAAAGGGAACGUAUUUGUCUCCUAUUACUUAUUGCAAGUGAUCAGCUUUGGUUUUCAUUCCACACUUGUAGAAGUGCACAUUUGUUGGAAUUAUAAGUGGAGGAAUAUUUGACUGCUACUAAAGAGCCGACACUUGUCACUGCACAUCCAGCACUUAAUAAAUAGGAUCUUCAAGGGAGUGAUGAAGUGAACAAAAAUCCAACAGACAUGGACACACUGAACAGGAACAUUCCUGAUCAUGGCCGACAAACUCAUCAGGUGCUUCAGAGUACCCCACUGGACCUAAUUGAGACCGGUAAGAUUCUGAAAGUUCAAGCAGAGCGUCCUCAUUUAGUCAGUUUGGGAAGUGGACGUCUAAGCACAGCCAUCACACUGUUACCCUUACCAGAAGGGAAAACUACUCUAGGCCAUGGGAACACUGACAUCAAUAUCCAGGGUCCAGGAGUGGCUGCCCUGCACUGUUACAUUGAAAACCAGGCAGGAGCCAUCACCCUCUUUCCAUGUGGCAACCCCUGCACCAUGGACGGCCUGGCAAUCACAAAACCUGUUCGACUGUCUCAAGGGUGCAUGCUUUGUUUUGGACAGUCUGCCUUUUUCCGCUUUAACCACCCAGAGGAGGCUCUCAGGAUGAAGAGUAUGAUGCCAGUUGGAAAUUCUGACCCCAUCAGCACCUACAAAGGACAUUCAGAUCCUCUUGGACUGCCCAAUGGCAACAAUCAGCCUGCUCCACACAAGAGGGUUCAUCCAGGGCACAGCACUAUGACCCAUUCUAUAGACAAGGACCUCCAAAACAUUAUGAACUCUCUUACUAUGACUGAUUCUAACUUCUCCUCCUUGGUGGCUGGAAAACUUUCCGAGCACCCCAUUCCGCAGUCGCCUCUUUCCCCAAUGUCGAAUGGAGGAGGCCGGUAUGCCUGUGCAUCUCCAACCAGCCCUGGAGCCAUGUCAGUGGGUUCUAGCUACGAAAACACCACUCCUCCCUUCACUCCUAUUUCAUCUCCAUCGGUCGCCAGCAGUCCUGGCCCUCGUGUGGACCCUGCAAACUCUUCACAUUCUACUUUCUGCCACAAUAAAGUCCAACCACCAAUUCCACAGCCACGACACACAGUACCUCAGAAUGGCAGUAGUAGUGGAGUUCGAAAAGUUCAGGAAAGUCCUAGACUUUCAAGGAAAGCCCUGACAGAGGCUCCAUCAAGUCCCACAGCCAGUCGUCUAAGCCAAAUCCAGGAUCAUCAGGCCAGAGGGGGUGUCUCUUUUGGGUCUGUGGGAUUUGGAGAUCCAGGCAGGGCCAACCUUGCCAUGUUCAUGGGUUCAUCCUCCUCUGCUUCAUCCAGUCCUCGGUCUAGUGUGGGCUCCUCUCUGCAGGAAACUCCUCCAGUUGAUUUCAGCACUUACACAAACUCAUUCUCAAUGUUUCCUGCAGAAAGUCCUAAGUCCACACGCCGAAUCAUCGAAUCAUCUAAUGGCACUUCAGUCCGAGAACGUCCCCCACCAAGUCCCUCCUCACCACGGCGUGGGUUGCAGGGAGUCCCUGUUCUAACUGGAGCCUUACAUGGAGUUCCCCUCUCCACUCGCAGCCAGUCCGGAAAGGGUGUAUCGGAUAGCCCUCGACCCCACAGACAAAUCACAACGGGGGAAGACGCCACUGGAACAAGGGGGCUACGUGCCAGAAGCCCUUCCCCUGUAUCUGGUCAUCAGAGGGACCACACUGGUGGAAGUGGAGGGAGGCAAAAUGGGAGUAUUGGAGCUACACAGAGUUCAGUGUUGACCACCAAGGUUGAAGUGUCUCCCGUCACCAGCCCUCACAGCCAGAGGAAGACCACCAAGGAGUCACGGGCUGUCCAACCGCGAAUGCGGGAACGCAAAAACAGCAUCUCAGAGAUCAGUGACAAUGAGGAUGAACUGCUCGAGUACCAUCGCUGGCAGCGUGAGGAGAGGAUGAAAGAGCAAGAAAUGGAGAGACUGGAGCGACAGAGGCUGGAGACCAUCCUGAGUCUGUGUGCUGAGUAUAACAAAGGCGAUUUACCAGCCGGCAUGGAAAUGCCUAGGACGGGACAGUUCCCCGGAACAGAGGUGGGGUCUUUCCAACGACCUGGCCCUGACCUGAUGGGUGUGUCCCCACGAACUAACAGUCAACGAUUAGGAGAAGCCGAUGAUGAGAAUCUGCAAGAGGAGUGUAGCAGUACUGAGAGUCAGCACCAGGAACAUGAGGACACAGCAGGUCUGGGACAACAGGAGUUAGGUUAUCUGGUGGAGGAGCGCAUCAGGAUUCUUGCUCGAGUGGAUGAGCUGAAAGCCCAAGUCACUGAGCUGGAGCAACAGCUUCAGGACUCCAGACAGGAGGCUGAGAUGGAGCGGGCAUUGCUGCAGGGCGAAAGGAAGGCUGAAUUAGAUCAAGUGGAAGCAGAGUUAGGACUUAUCAAUCAGCUUGAGCUCAGACUAAGUGAAGUGGAGAGAAAUGUUCAGAGAGAGAAAGAGAAGGGAAAAGCUAAUAUCUCAGCCGAGCGUGAUGUCCUGACCAGGCUGAGAGGCGGAUACAGUGAGCUGAAGAGCCAGCUACACAAAUGCCCUGAGUCUCUGAGGGAGCACAUACAGGAACAGCUUGCCAGGAAGGCGGAGGCUCUCGAGUCGAGCUCUAAGCGCUUUGAGGACCUGGAGUUUCGCCAGCUGGAGCGCGAGAGCAGUCUGGAGGAGGAGAAAGAGACGCUGAGCCGGCAGCUGCUACAGGAGAAGGCAGAGUAUCAGCGCAGCGUGGCAAGGCGGAAGGAAAAAAUGGCUGCACUUGAGAUUCAUGCCAACCAGCUAGGUGUGCAAGCUGCUCAGGACUGUGAGAGGAUGGCAAAAGACAGAACUAUGGCCCUGCAAAUGCUGCAAAAGGAAAAGGAGAGGCUGACUGCACUGGAAAAGAGAUACCAAAGCCUGACAGGAGGAAAGAGCUUUCCUAACAUAUCCACCACCAUGAAAGAGGAAGUGCUACAUAUCAACGAACCUGACCUUUUAAGCGAAGUCCCCCCUCAACAGCCUCCGGUCCCUGUUCCCAGUACCCAAAGCUCAGCCUCGCACUCCUGUCCAAUCAGGCCUCAGGAGGAGUACCUCAAACUUUCAGAUGUAGUUAAGAUGUAUGGCAGUGGUUGUGUUUCAACCCAAGCUACCUCCCCUGCUUCUACCAAUCCAUGCCAUUCUCUUGCUGUAACACCAGAUACCCCUUGUGAGGAAUAUGUGACAGUUAGUCAGUUGAACCAGAUCUUCGGGAUGCCCAAGGUUGAUCCUUCUACAAUGACACCUAUCCAAUCAUUCCAAGCUUUAGGAGCUGACCCUGCUCUUUCUAGCAACAUGUCACAGUGUGACCCUGCCCAGGAGGCUGAGAGGUGCAGGCCUUUACCACCCAGGCUGGAUUUAGAGCGCUGGUACCAGGACAUCAUGGCAGCAGGGGAGCCUAGCCAUGCUUGUCCUCCCCCUCUCCCAGCUAAGUCUUUCUCCACCCGUAAGCCUACCCAGAUGUACAAGUGUAAGCAGGAUAGUAUGUCCUCACAGCCCAACACUCCAAAGUCAGGCAGAAACACUCCAACAAAGAGUCUGCCAGACUUUUCGACCUCGUACCCUGAGUCUGACAAGAAACUUGCACUUGACGGCAAAGGGUUUCAAACAUGUGGUGAUUCCAGAAUUCGCACCCCUGAUCCAAAACAGAGGUUUGAACUGGAACCACAGUGCCACUGGGGGGCACCUCAGGGCUCUUGUUUUUAUUCCCAACUAAACGGCCCCUACCCUGCCGCAGCAGCCCCUAUAGUGCACCAUUCCAUCCUUCACCACCAGACACCUCCUGCAGGUGGCCCAGCGUACGACACACUGAGUCUGGAGAGCUCGGACAGCAUGGAGACCAGCGUAUCCACCGGCAACAACUCCGCCUGUUCACCUGACGGUGGCAGCGGCUUGGCUGGGAUGAGGCUGGAAGAAAUGGAGAAGAUGUUGAAGGAGGCUCAGCAGGAAAAAGCGCGACUGGUAGAGAGUCGCGAGAGGGAGACUCAGGCACGAAGGCAGCUGCUGGAAGAAGAGAGAAAAAGGCGAGAGGAGGUGGAGAGGAGGCUGCAGGAAGAGACGGCGCACAGACAGAGACUAGUGGAGGAGGAGGUCAAGAUGAGAGAAAAACAAAGCUCCCAGGCUCGUCCAAUGACUCGCUACCUACCGAUUAGGAAGGAGGAGUUUGACCUGCGCUCUCAUGUGGAGUCAGCAGGACACUGCGUGGACACCUGUCCCUUUGUUAUCAUCUCAGAGAAAAUGUGCAAAGGACACUUGGUGAAAAUGGGUGGCAAAAUCAAGUCAUGGAAGAAGCGCUGGUUCGUCUUUGACAGAUUAAAGAGGACCUUCUCCUAUUACGUUGACAAACAUGAGACCAAGCUGAAGGGGGUCAUUUAUUUCCAGGCUAUUGAGGAAGUCUAUUACGACCACCUACGUAGUGCCACUAAGAGUCCGAAUCCAUCCCUCACUUUCUGUGUGAAGACCCAUGAUCGGCUGUAUUUCAUGGUGGCACCUUCUCCAGAGGCCAUGCGGAUAUGGAUGGAUGUGAUAGUCACAGGAGCUGAAGGCUACACACAGUUUAUGACCUGAGGGAAACAUGACUGAACACUCAGCUGCAAGAGUGUGAGUGGGCAAGACACGUCAGACAGGAAGUCCGAUCUGUAGGAGAAUUCAUUCUUUCCGCUGAUAUCUGAACUCGAGCCGCACUGCAGCCGCCCACGCUGAUUGAUUUGUGUGUCAUCUGGAUUGGAUGGAGUUGAAUGAAUGCAUAUUGACCGGAGGAGGACAGGGUGCUGCAGGUAGGAAGAUAACAGGGUGCUGCUUAUAAAAAGCCGUGCAGGAGACUGUGAUAAAACAUUUUGUUACUCGGUCACUCGUUUAAAAACUAGGAAUUUCAUAAUCCGUUUGGGUCUAUAUGUGCCAACAUUUCCAUGCCAUCACUUCGCCUUGCAUUCACUGGUUUAAUAAAAUGGAUCACAAGUCAAAUCUUAGAUUUUAGACUUUUCUAUGUUUAAUGUUUAAAAUCACUGAUGCUUUUUUAUUUGAACAUUUAUACUUUACGUACUUUAUGUAUACUUCAUUGCUGUUAACAGUAUUCUGUUGUGUAUCUUUGUAACUCAAAGUAUCAUAAAAACUUAUAUUCCUUAUAAAUGAGUCAGUAACACAUGUUUAUGUCUAUUUUUCCCAAAACAACAUAAUAAAUACAUGAUGUAUAAUAAUGUACUACAAUGCCUCCUUUAUGUAAACUUAUUUUAAUCCAAAUAAAUGAAUGCUUAAGACCAUGAGCUUGCUGGACAUCCAGUUCAGAAACUAUGAACUUUAAUAUAUAAUUCAAUGUUUUACACACUUUUACAAUGAUAUAUUUUUAGUCCAGUAUUUUCCUUCAUUUGAUUUCAUUUCAUUUACCUCAACUUCUAUAUCCAGGUCAGGGUGGUGGCAGGUCCAUUUUUACGGGAAACACUGAGGAAUACCCUGGACAGGUCGCCAAUCCAUCACAUUCUGCUUAGAUUCAAACCCAGACCUCAGGGGUGGUGGACUGCAUAAUAGAUUGCUGCACCACCUAGCACCUAUGCAGUAUUUUAUAUAUAACUUAUAUUUAGUCCAAUAUUAUAUAUUCUGAUGAAAAACAUUAUUCAGAGUACACUAAAAAAUUUUAAAUACUUUUUAAUACUUAAUGGAUUAAAAUAUAAUAAUAAAAAAAACAACCACAAAAAAUUUUAAUGUUUAAUGUUUUAUUAUUUUUAACACAUGCAAACUUUCAGUUUUACAUACUUGAAUAAUUAAAAUAAAUAUAUUGUUAUA